AUGAGCCCAUUAUUGAUGAAAAAGAGACAUGUUAGAGGAAUACAAGUGGGCACAAAAAAUGGGUGCGUAGAAGGAUUUCAAAUAAAAUGUGAUCGAGGGCCUGUUAAUAUCUUUCUUGGCAUUCCAUACGCCGAUCCACCUGUCGGUGAACUAAGAUUCAAGAAGACCCAUCCAGUCUCAUCAUGGAAUGGUAUUCUUGAGUGCAAGAAGUACCAGCGAAGAGCUCCGCAGAUCGACCAUAUUUGGGACAAAAUAAGUAUUCGAAUAGGUACCAGUGAAGAUUGUUUAUACUUGAAUAUCAUUGCGCCAGACUGGAAAUCGCCACCAAGUCAGCCAAACGGAUUUGCAGUAUUGUUUUUUAUACAUGGUGGGGGCUUCCUAGUGGAUUCGGCAGUACGAUAUCAUUAUUCAAAUCUUGCCAGGAUGUUAGCGGUGCAUAACAUUAUCAUUGUAACCAUACAAUAUCGUCUCGGCUAUUUAGGUUUCUUUUCAACCAAUGACAAUAAUUGCAUAGGUAAUUUUGGACUUUGGGAUCAGGUGACGGCUUUAAAAUGGAUAAGUGAGAACAUAGUAUAUUUCGGAGGCGACCCAAAACGAAUCACAGUCGCUGGACAUAGUGCGGGAGCUGCAUCAGCCGAUCUAUUAUCAUUGUCACCAUAUAGUCGAAAUUUAUUCAACCGAUUAAUUCUCAUGGGUGGUAAUGCUGAAUGUCCAUGGGCAAUUUCGCCUAAAGAAAAAGUUGCAGAAUGCUCAAAGAAAAAGGCAGAAAAGUUAGGAUGGAAAGGAGACAAUAACUACGAUAUGAUCAGAUAUCUUCGAACUUUACCGAGCGAAAAAUUUGCUGAUGAAAUGAUAAACAACGAGGUGAUUACUGAAACAGCAUCGCUUCCAAUGACACCGAUAAUUGAUGGCGAUCUUUUACCAGCUUCAAUUCAUGAUCUUCGACAACAAGUCGAUGUGAAACGUACAAUAAUUGGUGUCUGCGAAUAUGAAGCUCUACUUUUUGGUAAUCUCGAUUCUUCCUAUAGAUAUCUUUGUUGCUAA